UAUAAAUAAUAUAUAAUUGUUCCAGUUAUAUAUAACAAUAAUGGCUGCUUUAGAAAGCAAGCGUGUUCUUCUUGCAGUUUUAGUCCUCCUUUGCUUCUUCUCCAUCCAAGCUCGAGCACGAACAUUGAAAGAAAUUAGUAACUUAACUAAUAGAGGUGCUCAUGAUAACAAAGAGGCGCACAAUAGCAAAUUUAAGGCGGAAGAACAUAAUCAUCAUGAUGAGGUUAAUGGUGGAAGUGAAGUGUUCUCAAUGGAUUACACUCCAGCCUCGAGGAAGCCACCGAUCCAUAAUUAAUUAAAUAGUUUCCAAUUUUAUUAUAUUUUUUGGUAUAAUUAACUAGCUAGUUUAUAUUAUAAUAUAACGUUUAUCGUGAUGUAAAUAUUACCCAGAUCUAAAAUAU